UUGCGAAUCUUAAAAGCAUCAAAGAAAAGGAAAGUCUCCAUAAAUGGUUAAAAUUAAGAAUUAUUUCAAUGAUUGAUACUUGAUUUUUAAUCAGUGUAUGAAUACAAAAUUCUCAGUGUAUCAUAAGCGUUUUCGUUCUAUUUAGAAUUUUGUGAACUUCGUGGAAACUGAGUUUGUGUACCGGUUUCGCUUUGGUGGAAACAAAAGUUUGUAAAGUAAAAUGGCAGAUCAGCUGACUGAGGAACAAAUUGCAGAAUUCAAGGAAGCGUUUUCUCUGUUUGACAAAGAUGGGGAUGGAACAAUCACAACCAAAGAACUUGGAACUGUUAUGAGGUCACUUGGCCAGAAUCCUACUGAAGCAGAAUUACAAGAUAUGAUUAAUGAGGUUGAUGCAGAUGGAAAUGGCACUAUUGAUUUCCCUGAAUUUCUUACAAUGAUGGCAAGGAAGAUGAAGGAUACAGAUAGUGAGGAAGAAAUUAGAGAGGCAUUCAGAGUAUUUGACAAAGAUGGUAAUGGUUUUAUUAGUGCAGCUGAACUUCGACAUGUUAUGACAAACCUUGGGGAAAAAUUAACAGAUGAAGAAGUAGAUGAAAUGAUUAGAGAAGCAGAUAUUGAUGGUGAUGGACAAGUAAAUUAUGAAGAAUUUGUCACCAUGAUGACAUCAAAAUGAAAGCCUUUUAUCAACCUUGUAAUUAAAAUGUUGAAUAUAUUUUUACUGUUCUGUUUUCCAUUUUAAUGAUUGGUGAUAAUGUAAGUUUAAUAUGCAUUUGAAAUUUGAUGUUUUCUUUAUAAAACAAAAAAUUAUUAUAUUACAUAAGAAAAAUUGUAUAAUAGCUCUUGGUUUCUAUUUUUCACUUUACCACUGUAAACCAUACUAAUCCAUGCUUGUUCUCUUUUUUUUUCUCAUACAAAUUACUUCAUUCUCAUAAACAAUUUUCAAUUUAUUGGUUUUGUUUCUUACCUUUACAUUGACUGCAUAAGAAAAGCAAAAAUGUUAUGAAUGGAGGGUUAGUUAUUGUCACUAAACCACUUGGAAGCAUUUGUUCACUAAGAGUUGCAUUAGCUGUUUGAAAAGACCAACAGUUCAAACCACUUCCUCUGAAAAAUAUCCAUACAAAACACCUACUGUUGUACCAUUAAAAUCUUCAAUAAAAUCAUUACUUUGUCACUUG